GAAACACAUUGUUUACUAAACCAAAAGAAAUUUCAAAAACCGAAAGAAACAAAAAUAUUAAAAAGUAUAGAACGCCAAGUUUUCUCGAAAAUGUCGAACAACUGUGAUGAUUUAGAUGACAUUGAGGAUUUGAUUGCACCUGGAGAUCUUAAGCCGAGUGAUCGUUAUAAUAACAAAAAAGAUGUUGUUUUUCGGGGCAAACGUGAGAAGCGAAUUUUAAUCGAAGAAAAUGGAAACUUAGAGGAAAAUUCCAAUCAUAAAAGCAUCAUUCCUGGAACACAAACAAUUUAUGUCAAGACUUGGGGAUGUUCUCAUAACAAUUCUGACUCCGAAUACAUGGCUGGUCAACUUGUUCAGUUCGGUUACAAUCUUACCAAUGAAAAAGACAGAGCAGAUUUGUGGCUACUGAAUUCAUGUACAGUGAAAAAUCCAUCGGAAGAUACUUUUCGUAAUGACAUUCAAACCGGAUUAAAUAAUGGAAAGAAGGUUGUAGUAGCUGGAUGUGUGCCGCAAGGUGGAGGCUCUAAACAAGAUUACUGUAAAGGUUUAAGUAUUGUCGGAGUGAACCAAAUUGAUCGAGUUGUAGAAGUAGUUGAAGAAACUCUUAAAGGAAACACUGUUAAACUUCUUCAAGCUAAGAAAGUUAAUGGAAAACGUCGUCCAGGUCCAUCAUUGCUUAUGCCAAAAGUUAGAAAAAAUCCUUUGAUUGAAAUAAUUCCAAUUAAUUCUGGAUGUCUUAACCAAUGCACUUAUUGUAAGACAAAACAUGCUCGUGGAGAUUUGGUAUCUUAUCCUCCUGAAGAAAUAGUUCAACGAGCUAAAGACGCAUUUCAAGAAGGCGUUGUUGAGCUGUGGCUGACAUCUGAAGAUACUGGAACAUAUGGACGAGAUAUUGACACUUCAUUGCCUGAAUUAUUAUAUAAACUCAUAGAAGUUAUUCCUGAUGGAUGCAAAAUGAGAAUUGGAAUGACAAAUCCUCCUUACAUUCUCGAACAUCUUGAGCCAGUUUCUGACAUUCUGAAACAUCCUCGUGUCUACAGUUUUCUUCAUGUUCCGGUGCAAUCAGGCAGUGAUUCAGUUUUAGGAGAAAUGAAACGUGAAUAUUGCAUUGAAGAGUUUGAACGAAUUGUUGACUUUUUGAGAGAAAAAGUUCCUGGUGUUAAUAUCGCUACAGAUAUAAUUUGCGGCUUUCCUUCAGAAACUCCUGAAGAUUUUGAAUUGACAAUGAAACUCUGUGAAAAAUAUAAGUUUGGAUCACUUUUUAUUAAUCAAUUCUUUCCACGUCCUGGAACACCAGCAGCAAAUAUGCGAAGAAUUCCUGCAAAUCAAGUGAAGCAAAGAACUAAAAGAUUGACGGAUUUAUUUUAUACCUAUGAGCCUUACAUCAAUAACCUUGGAAAGGAAUAUGAGGUCUUAGUGACUGAAAUAUCACACGAUAAGAAACAUUUUGUUGGCCAUAAUCAAUUCUAUGAACAAAUUUUACUUCCCAUGAAAGAUAAUCUUUUGGGAAAGUGUGUAAAUGUCAAAAUUAUCAAGACCUCGAAAUUUAGUAUGGAAGGUGAAAUCAUUGAAGAAGAACAUCAGUGGAAAAAGGUUAAUGAGAAUAUUAAUGAAAAUCUUCUGCGUAAAAAAGAUAUUGGCAAUGGAUUUGUUCACGACGGCAACUUUGUUGAAACCAAUGGAGAGGCAACAAAUUCAAUUCAACGACAAGGAAUUGAUAAACUUCACUUGAUAAGUUUGAUUCUCUUAGGCAUUGCAUUGUCAUUUAAAUUUUAUUUUGAAUAUAAAAAACGGCAAACUUUUGAAUCAUAGACAACGAUUAUGAAAUUUUGUUGAAUAUUUGUAACACAUUUUGACUACGAAAUAUUUAAAUAAACGUUUGUUGAAAAAUAUUGGUCUGAUCUUUU